GACGAGGUUAGACGGAGUUAUCGAAUUUGUUAUAACUUAACGUCAGUUUGACAGUCUCCGUCGCGGAGAUAGUACACGUUGUCUUCUAAAAUGCGACCUAAAUUCAUAAAAUCAUCAGUGAAAGUGCUCUAGUUCUUCGUUACGUCAGACGGGAUGGUGGAUUCCAGGGAUUAGCGAGAAGUGAUCGAGUCGGUCAUGGCUCUCGGCCGGUUAGGAGCGGUCGCGGCCCGGAAGCCAGUCGUCUCGCGCGCGUCGACACACGCUCGCCGCUCGUACGUUAUGUUUACCGCGCGUAAAAAAUAAAUAAAAAUGUUUACGCUACGGCUGCCGCUAUACCCAGUACUGGGCUUGCUCAACGCCUACUCGCAGGCGUUCAUCCCUUCCUGCAACUCUUCCAUCUACUGCGCCGGCGAAAUGCUACAUCGCAUCCAGCUCGCCAGGAUUUUCCCGGAUUCAAAAACUUUCGUUGACAUGAAGCUAUUGUUUUCUACGAACGAUACGUUGGCAGAUUUUGCUCAGCUGAUGCACGACACGCAUCGGAAUCCUUCGCGUGAACAGCUUACCAAGUUCGUCGGAAAGCAUUUCGAGCCAGGAAACGAACUGGAAAAUUGGAUGCCUCCUGACUUCAACCCAUCGCCGCCUAUACUAGAUAGAAUAAUAGAUCCGAAACUUAAAGUGUUUGCUAAAAAUGUGAUUGCCAUUUGGGCAACAUUGGGACGGAAAGUAAAACCUGUUGUUCAUCAGCAUCCUGACCGGUACAGCUUAAUCUCAGUUCCUAAUGGAUUCAUCGCACCUGGAGGUCGUUUUAAGGAGUUAUACUACUGGGACUCUUACUGGAUCGUACGUGGACUUCUACUCAGUGAUAUGGCAGAAACUGCCAAAGGUAUGGUAGAAAAUCUUCUGUAUUUAGUUGACAAGUUUGGGUACAUUCCAAACGGCAGUCGCAUCUAUUACUUAGGUAGAAGCCAACCACCUCUUCUUACGGCUAUGGUUGCAGAUUACUAUGCCGUUUCGGAAGAUCUCGCGUGGUUAAAGCGUCAUAUCCCUACUGUUGAAAAUGAAUUACGAUACUGGUUGAAUACAAAGAAAGUGACAGUCGAAAUAAACGGGAACCAAUAUGUGCUCCUUCGAUACUAUUCUGAUGAGGAUGCCAUAGGACCGCGACCAGAGUCAUAUUACGAAGACUAUACUACUUCCCAGUUUUUACACUCAGAGGAUUUGCGCCAGGUAUUUUAUAAAGAGAUGAGGAGCGCGGCUGAAAGUGGUUGGGAUUUUUCCACUCGCUGGUUCGUGACUGCUAGCUCAGAUCCCGUCGGAAACCGGACUGAUGUUCACGCCUCGCGCAUUCUGCCGGUCGACCUAAACUCAAUCUUUGCUGGGGCUCUUCAACUCGCUGGUGACUUGAGAGUCCUUCUCAACGACCACCGUGAGGCGCAAAAGUGGUACAGCCUCGCUAAAUACUGGAGAAGGUCGAUUGAGAAUGUGCUGUGGGAUACUUCCGACGGGACAUGGUAUGACUACGAUUCUAUGGCCAAAGCAAGAAGGAAGCAUUUUUAUCCAAGCUGUGCUACGCCUUUGUGGGCGGGAGCGGUGGAGAAAGAAGAUGCUCCAAAAUACGCUGCGCGUUUAGUAAGUUAUUUGCAUUCGUCCGGAGGACUCGAUUUUCCUGGAGGAAUCCCAUCAUCUCUUCUCCAUUCUGGCGAGCAGUGGGACUAUCCAAACGCAUGGGCUCCAAUGCAAAGCAUACUCAUAGGAGGGCUUGACAAAAGCGGUCACGAAGAAGCUCGAAAGUUAGCGAAAGAACAAGCUAAGCUUUGGAUCCGCUCGAACUACUUAGGGUACAACAGGUACACCAAGAUGUUUGAGAAAUAUAGUGCGGUCCAGCCGGGAUAUCCAGGGGAUGGUGGGGAAUAUGGGGUGCAGGUUGGUUUUGGGUGGACGAAUGGGGUAAUAUUAGAAUUAUUAGCAAAUUACAGAGACGAGUUGCUUGAUCAAAGUGCGGGAACGUCACUACCGUACGCGCGGCAAGUGUAAAUUGGACUUUAUAAAAAAGUGAUGUACCUAAAUACUAAAUACGUAAUUAUAUCAUAUCAGAAUCGCGUAUGAACAAUGGCCUUUAACUUAAAUAGAUAAAUAAACACGCUUUACUGAAAUGAAAUAAAGAACAAAGAGGAAUUGAUAGUACGAAUUAUUAAAAUAAAUAUAUAGUUGAGAUAUAAAUUGUCGUUGAACGCGGAAGGAAGUGAGACAUAUUAUUUAUACCUAUUUGUAUGUAACUAUGUAUAGGAGUGAAUGUAAUGUGAUAUACAGUCGCUGUGGAUCGCGUGUACCUAGUUGUUGUAUUUAAUGAUAAGUCGGUAAUUA